AUGGUAACUAAAACGAAUGGCAGAGGUUAUUUCAAUGGCAGAGGUGAUGCUCCUCUAGUGAUUGCUCGUGGUGGGUUUUCUGGAUUGUUUCCAGAUUCGAGUAGUGCUGCUUACGAUUUGGCAAAGCAGACAAGUGUACCCGGUGCUGUUCAGCUAACCAAAGAUGGAAUUGGGAUUUGCUUCCCUGAUUUAAAAUUGAACAAUGCUUCAACUAUUGAAAAUGUUUACCCAAAUCUCCAGAAAUCUUACCCUGUUAAUGGAGUUACUAGUCAGGGUUGGUUCACCAUUGAUUUCUCCUUGAGAGAUCUUAAUAAUGUUUCUUUGAUCCGAGGAAUAUUUUCUAGGUCAGAAAAAUUCGACGGAAAUUAUGCGAUUUUAACGGUUCAAGAUGUAACCACAAAGAUAAAACCAGAAAGUUUUUGGUUAAAUGUUCAGCAUGAUGCGUUUUAUGCUCAACAUAAUCUGAGCAUAAGCAGUUUUCUCAUAUCAGCUUCAAGAACUGUUUCCAUUGACUACAUCUCUUCCCCUGAAGUGAAUUUCUUUAGGAAAAUUGUUGGUCGUUUUGCACCUAAAGGACCGAGUUUGGUAUUUCAGUUUCUUGAAAAAGAAGAAUUGGAGCCGACAACAAAGAGAACUUACGGUUCUAUCUUAAGUAACCUAACAUAUGUCAAGACGUUUGCUUCAGGAAUUCUUGUUCCCAAGUCGUAUAUAUUUCCACUCGAUGACAAGCACUACUUGCUCCCUCCUACAUCAUUAGUUCAAGAUGCUCAUAAAGCAGGACUAAAAGUGUAUGUGUCAGGUUUUGCAAAUGAUGUUGAUAUUGCAUAUAACUACAGUUUCGACCCAGUGUCUGAGUAUCUAGCUUUUGUGGACAAUGGAGAUUUCUCUGUGGAUGGUGUGCUCUCUGAUUUUCCCAUAACUGCAUCUGCAUCCAUUGACUGCUUCUCCCACAUUGGCAAAAGCGCUACAAAACAAGUGGAUUUUCUUGUUAUAUCGAAAAAUGGUGCGAGUGGGGACUAUCCUGGAUGUACAGACUUGGCAUAUGAGAAGGCAAUCAAAGAUGGUGCUGAUGUUAUUGAUUGCUCGGUCCAAAUGUCCAGCGAAGGAAAACCCUUUUGCUUAAGUUCGAUAGAUCUCAAGCAAAGUACAAUGGUCAUCCAAAGUCCUUUUAGAAAUCUAACAGAAACAGAGUGA